UUAUACUUUUACACUGAACUGAGAAACGCGUUGUUGUUGAUUGCGCGAAAUUGGUAAUACUGAGUUAAAUAUUAAUAAAACAGAAGAAUAAAAUAAAGCAUAUUCGAAUUAGUUAUAGAAAUUUAGAAAGAAGUUUGUUUGUUAGUUUGCUUACCCUGUUUUUGUAGCUGAAGAUACUACAGCAUGGAUUCCGAUUUGUACGAUGAAUUCGGUAAUUACAUAGGCCCCGAUUUGGACAGUGAUGAAGAUGAUGAUCAAAGCAUUUACGGACAACAGGAUACACAAGAUGACCAUGAUGACGAUGCCAUGGACGAGGAGGAAGAUCAAAAUGAGGAUGAAGAUAAAGAAGUUACUGCGGUGGUAUUGCAUGAAGACAAACGCUACUAUCCCACUGCAGUAGAAGUUUAUGGGCCUGACGUCGAAACCAUUGUCCAAGAGGAAGAUGCCCAGCCAUUGGACAAACCUCUGAUAGAGCCGGUGAAAAAAUUGAAAUUUCAAAUUAAAGAGCAAGAAUUGCCAGAAACCACCUACAACAUGGAAUUCAUGGCUGAUUUGAUGGACACCCCACCUCUAAUACGCAAUGUGGCCUUAAUUGGUCAUUUACAUCAUGGCAAGACCACAUUUGUCGAUUGCCUAAUUCGUCAAACACAUCCUCAGUUCGAUAUGAAUGAAGAACGUUCUUUGCGUUAUACCGACACCCUCUUCACUGAGCAGGAACGUGGAGUUAGUAUUAAGGCCACUCCGGUAACUGUUGUCCUGCAGGAUGUUAAGCAGAAAAGUUAUCUCAUGAACAUCUUCGAUACACCGGGCCAUGUGAACUUUUCUGAUGAAAUUACCGCUGCCAUGCGUUUGUGUGAUGGAGUUGUGGUCUUCGUCGAUGCUGCUGAGGGUGUCAUGUUGAAUACGGAGAGAAUGCUGAAACAUGCUGUUCAGGAGAAAAUGGCUAUAACGUUGUGCAUCAAUAAGAUUGAUCGUUUAAUAUUGGAAUUGAAAUUGCCCCCACAAGACGCCUACUUCAAGCUUAAGCACAUUGUCGAAGAGGUCAACAGCUUAUUGAGCACUUAUGGCAAUGCUGAGGAGACUCAGCUGGUUUCACCCGUCUUGGGUAAUGUGUGUUUUGCCAGUUCGCUGUAUGGCAUAUGUUUUACAUUGAAAUCAUUCGCCAAGUUAUAUGCAGACACCUACGAAGGUGUCAAUUAUGUUGAAUUCUCCAAACGUCUUUGGGGUGAUAUGUACUUCCAUAGCAAAUCUCGUAAAUUCACCAAAAAGCCACCACACAACUCAGCUCAACGAAGUUUUGUGGAGUUUAUACUUGAACCAAUGUAUAAGAUUAUAGCCCAAGUGGUGGGAGAUGUGGACACUACGCUGGCUGAUACCUUGGCUGAACUGAAUAUACGCAUUACCAAGGAAGAAAUGAAGUCUAACAUAAGACCGCUGCUGCGUUUGGUUUGCAAUCGUUUUCUGGGAGAUUUUAGUGGUUUUGUCAGCAUGUGCGUAGAACACAUACAGUCUCCUUUGGAUAAUGCCAAAAGAAAGGUUGAUCACAUCUACACGGGACCCAAGGAGGGAGAUAUGUAUAGGGACAUGAUUGAAUGCAAUCAAACAGGUUCAUUGUUGGUACAUAGUGCCAAAAUGUAUCCAACAGAUGAUUGCACAUUCUUCCAGGUUCUUGCUCGCGUUGUAUCUGGCACUUUACACGCCGGUCAGGAAAUCCGUGUUUUGGGUGAGAACUAUACCCUACAGGAUGAAGAAGACUCUCGAGUCCUGCAGGUGGGACGUUUAUGGGUAUACGAGGCACGUUACAAAGUCGAAUUGAAUCGUGUACCCGCUGGCAAUUGGGUUCUUAUCGAAGGCAUUGAUCAAAGCAUUGUUAAAACUUCUACAAUUGUUGAUGCCAAUGCGGCAGAGGAUUUGUACAUCUUCCGACCUUUGAAAUUCAAUACCCAAAGCAUUAUAAAAAUCGCCGUGGAGCCCGUCAAUCCUUCAGAAUUGCCCAAAAUGUUGGAUGGUUUACGUAAAGUUAAUAAAUCAUAUCCUCUGCUCUCAACUCGCGUCGAGGAAUCUGGCGAACAUGUUAUCUUGGGUACUGGUGAAUUGUAUCUGGAUUGUGUCAUGCAUGAUUUGCGUAAAAUGUAUUCGGAAAUUGACAUCAAGGUGGCGGAUCCUGUGGUAGCGUUUUGUGAGACUGUAGUUGAAACGAGUUCCCUAAAAUGUUUUGCGGAAACUCCCAACAAGAAAAAUAAAAUAACCAUGAUUGCAGAACCUUUGGAGAAGGGUUUGGCAGAAGACAUCGAAAAUGAAGUCGUCUCGAUUGGUUGGAAUAAGAAACGCAUAGGUGAAUUUUUCCAAGUCAACUAUGAUUGGGAUCUGUUGGCAGCUCGUUCCAUUUGGGCCUUUGGUCCUGAUGCCACCGGACCAAAUAUCUUGGUCGAUGAUACUUUACCUUCCGAGGUGGACAAGACUUUGCUGAGCUCCGUAAAAGAUUCCAUUGUACAAGGUUUUCAAUGGGGCACCCGAGAAGGUCCUCUAUGCGAAGAGCCAAUAAGAAAUGUGAAAUUCAAAAUUCUAGAUGCUGUUAUAGCUAAUGAAGCAUUGCAUAGGGGUGGUGGCCAGGUUAUACCUACGGCAAGACGUGUGGCCUAUUCAGCUUUUCUCAUGGCCACUCCCAGAUUGAUGGAACCAUAUUUGUUUGUAGAAGUGCAAGCUCCAGCAGAUUGUGUCUCAGCGGUGUAUACAGUUUUAGCCAGGAGAAGAGGUCAUGUUACCCAAGAUGCUCCCGUCUCCGGCUCUCCUCUUUAUACAAUUAAAGCAUUUAUUCCCGCCAUAGAUUCAUUUGGUUUUGAAACAGAUUUGCGUACCCAUACCCAAGGUCAAGCCUUUUGUCUUUCGGUCUUCCAUCAUUGGCAAAUUGUACCGGGCGAUCCAUUGGAUAAGUCCAUAGUGAUACGUCCAUUGGAACCUCAACAGGCUUCACAUUUGGCUAGAGAGUUCAUGAUCAAAACACGUAGACGUAAAGGCCUUUCCGAAGAUGUUUCGAUCAAUAAAUUCUUCGAUGAUCCUAUGUUGUUGGAGCUGGCUCGGCAAGAUGUUUUGCUAAACUAUCCGCUAUAAGCUUAACAAUUAUUUUAUAAAUAAAGAAUGGAGUGAAACUUU